GAACACUGCCGUCGCUAUCGGAGUACACCCCCUUAGUUCGACAGACGAUUUCGUGUGGAGUGCAGUGUAUGUUCUUUUAAGUGCUUCUCUUAAUUUAUGAAUGCCUGGUACCCGUUCAGAGUAUGAGUUGAAAAUGUGACAGGCGUGCGUGAUGCAUCGGCGCCUGUGAUGUCUCUAAUAUGCAGCGGGGCGGGCUCUACUUGGUGUUUCUAGCCAUAUGCUGUUUACAUACUGCAUCUGAACCCCUGCGAUUCCCGGAGGACUACCGGUCGAAUGUGGUCCGAAGACGCCGUAGUGAUGAGAGGGACGGUCUGGCGUUGUCCAGGGAAAUAUUUAGGAAUAUCACUAAACAACUGCGGGAAAACAUCAAGAGGGAGGGCGCGACGGAGAACAACGAUUUGUUGCCGGGCAAAGCAGAGGAGUCCCGGCACUAUGUCCCGUUCCAGAGCUACUACGACCACCACCACGAGCACCACUGGGGCCCGUCCUUCCAGGAUGAGAAGUACACGCAAGUGACCUCCCACGUGGGCGCCGAAGCCUUGCUCAACUGUCGCGUUGUGAUGUUGAAAGACAAAACGGUGACAUGGAUGCGGAACUCCACGGACUCCGCGCAGCUCCUCACCGUAGGGCCAGCGGCCUACACCGGUGACAACCGGAUAAGUGUGAAGUUCCAAUACCCAAACAAUUGGAGGCUCAGCAUGAACCCGGUCAAAAGGUCCGAUGCUGGGAACUACAUGUGCCAAAUAGCGACGCACCCGCCUAGGACGAUUUUUGUCAACUUAACUGUACUGCCUCCCGUACUUACAAUAAAUAACGACCAAACCCACGACGUCAAAGAUAGAUUCUACAAAGCGGGUAGCUCUAUAAACUUAGCGUGUAUCAUAUCAGAAGACUACGUCUCAACGCUCCCCACCAAAGCUCCUUUGACAACGCCCAUUCCCACCACUACCGAAGCUACGACUACUACAGAGUUAACUACUAAGAAAAUGAGCACUGUAUUUAAUAGAAUAGAUUUAAAUUUGAAUAAAAGUUGGAGCGUGGAAACAACGACGCUGACUUCAACAGUUAGUAUAAGUACUACAACUACAACAAAAGCGCCGGAAACGACUGUCGUGACGACAGCCAGGCCUACUGUGCCUGCACUAGUGAAUAAUAUUUAUGGACUAGUUUGGAAGAAGCAGGGGAAAGAGUUUUAUGAUAAUGUUACGUGGAGGAACAUGAGUGCCACAAUCAGCGUAGCAUCAGCUUCACAAAAUGACAGUGGGACGUAUACCUGCCUUUUACAAAAUCAUUCCCAAGUGAUUGUCAACGUUCACGUUAUAAGUGGUGAAAAUCAAGCUGCAGUUCACCACGAUACCUGGAACAAGGGAACACUGUUUUGGCAACCACAGAGUAUAUUUAUAUUUACCAUCACGGUGUUAAUACUUUGUUUAACUUGAAAUUCAAAAUAUUCUAUUGGGAAUCACCCCAAAUAUGUCUGCGACAUAUUUUGUAAUGAAUGUUAUUUUGAAUGUUAAUUCAUAAAUAUAGUCUCAAAUGGGAACGUCGGUGGUCAAAUCGGUAAGGUGCUCGGUUAAAAUGCAUGUGGCGCAAAAAGGCACAGGUUCGAAUUCCACCUUGGCCACCUACCAAUGACAAUUUUUUGCGGUCAGAUAGGAUUUGCUUUGUAUAAAAACCUGACACACCCAAUCCAGACGAAGUAUUUCAAUAUGAAAUAAAAUCAGUAUAAGGCAAUCAAAAUCAAGUUUAUUUCUGUGACACAUACACGGUAAUGUUUUACUCUUUUUAUUUCAUAAUUUAAUGUGAGACUAAAGAAAACUUAAGUGUUUUUUGUAGGUUUCUUCAAGCUAGGUUUGAUAUAAUUCGACAUUUUGUUUCAUAAAUGACUUAUAAACAAAAAAAUACUGAUAUUGUCUCUAACAUUAUGAAGGCCGUCUCACAAAAAUGGCACGUGUAUACGGAACAAUAAACUGUUGAGUAAAUAAUAAGGCUUAUGGGAACAUUCCUUGCCAAUACUGCAAGAUACUACAAACUUAGUUUACACAAUAUUAGCAACUUAGCACUAAGCAUACGUGAUAUGUUUAAAGACAAAAAAUAUAUUGGGAUAUUCUUUAUAUAAAAAGUCUAUUUUGGAUCAAUUUUGCUCAUAAUUUAAGGUUAUUGAAUCCAUGAUUUAAGCCAAUAGCUUAUUCCAGGUACAGAAAAUUGCCCAGUUCAUUUAAGACUUUAAAUUUUCAAUAAUAUACAAAUAAAGGAUUUAAAAUUGCGUAAAUACUAAAAACCGUUUUAAGUCUCCUUAAGUAAUUAGGUAUAUUUUUAUUUUGUUGGCAUGUUACGAUUAAAUGCUAAGUGAAUAGUUGCUAACAUUGUAUAGAUAACAUUUUAUUACUAUGAUAUGUAGUUAUAAGUAAUAAUUAAUGAUUUAACCUGUACAUACUGAAUUUUGUUAUCAUUAAAUUUAUAAUAUUUAUUUAAAUGUAAUGAUGAAAUUAAGAUUUCGUGUAAUACCUAAUCCAAAAUAGAUUUAAUUAAAUAUAUAUAAGUGUAUUUUAAUACAACAUGUACAGAUAACUAUAAACUUCUUAAUAAUUAGAACUUUUCUUGUUUAUAAAAUAAAUAGGAAGUUAAAAGGCUAAGCCGA